AUGGUAGUGAGAGAACAACUGACUGUGGAAGGACAUCCAUUACCUUCAGAAGUUACCAUAGUAUAUAAUUUUGAAACAAACUCAAUAGAUUUUAAAGUCAUCUCUGCAAAGAAGUCAGGUUUUACAUUUAAUGAAGCAGAUGUAUAUUCGAAUGAAAACUUCAAAGCUAUUGCAUGGUUAGAUAAUGACGAUUGCUUUAAGAAAAUAUUUAAAUACAGUGACUCAACGAUGUCAAUAGAUGACCUUCGUGGAAUGUUACCAUCGACGUUUACAGUUGAAGGCUCAGCAGGAUUGCUUACAAGAUUGUCAAUUGGUGGUAUUUGGUCUCGUGAGAACAUUGUUAUAAAAUCCAGUAUAAGUGAAUUUGCUGAAGAAUCUAUAUUAUGUCUUUCAAACUACAUGUAUUCGCCACCGAAGCAUUAUAGUAUAACAAACUUUGUCAGUAAGUUUAACAUAAGACUUGUCGAACCUUCUUCAAUGAAAGAUGUUGUGCUACCCAAAGACGGAAAGGAUGGACUCAUUAUUGAGAUGAUUUUAAUAGCAUAUUAA